UUGCAGAACAUGGAUCAUGGAAGAGCCUGGGGCUACCUGACCUUCAGAGGCAAAACUGAAGAAGAAGUGAGAGAGAUUGACAAAGCCAUGUACCAUGACUGGCGUGUGGUGCCCAAGCAUGAGGAGGAGGCCUUCAAGAAGUUCACCCCAGUGCCGGAGGAGACCAUUCAGUACGUUCCGUACCCACCUCUGCUCCGAGCCAUGAUCCUUGCGCAGUGGCAGAAAGAGGGAAAACCAACCACAGAGGAGCCAAUGAUUAAUCUGGAGAAGGUCAUCAGGGCCUCUUCCCUUCAGGCUGCAAAUAAAAAAUCUACAGGGACGCCAGUAUAA